AUGGCCUACGGACUUGGUCUUCCCACUCCUCCCGAUGAACAGUCAGAGGCACAACGCGCCAUGACCGCCGACCAUUCGCGCUCGUCCUUCUCCGGGUCAGACUCAGCAUGGGAGAGGACAUCAUCCAACAGCGACACGUCGUCGGUGUACUCUCCUUCCUCCGACUCGAGUACGUCCUCCGCCUCCGAUAUAGCAACACAUCGCCUCCGCUCUUUGCGCGCUGAAGUGGAAUUGCUGGUGCGCGACAACGAGUAUUUCGAUCAGCUUCCCUCAGUGCGUUCGUCAACGAGGUCGAGCGCACUGAAAUGGACUAUACUUCGAGUCGCAGUCCCUUUCGCUGCAAUCUGCCUCGUGGUCCUGGCCUGGACGGUGGCACUCUGCCCGGGACAAAACCAGGUGGUGCACUUCGAGUACGACCAAGAUCUUGUCCCAACGAUCCGACCUAGCGACUUCAAAGCAUUGGCCAAGAUAGGCUUCAACCUCCCGGCAAGAUGGAUGGAGUGGAUUAACGAACCGCCUCUUGGCAUGUCACAUUGGUGGCAACAGGACGGCGCAAACGAGCCGGGAACGGUGCAGUAUCAGCUUCUCGAGCUGCGGGAGCUCGGCGCUUCCUACCAAAAGAGAGAGAAGAAACGCAAAGGAAAGAGGCAGUCGUGGGCUAAAGACCUGGCAGAGAACGCCGAUUGGGUGGAGAGAGUGGAGAGGUGCAGCCAACGAGGUAUGGAAAUGAAGGACUCGGCUUGGAUAAAACACCAAUUCGCAAGCGUUGCGGAUGCUCUCUUGCCGCAUCCAGAUGGACGCUCUGCCUGCAGGACGCUACAAUCGGCGAAUCCCACAAGGAUGAAGAAUCUGGGCAAGCUGGUGGACGACGUUCUCAAUCACCUGCCGGCAGAGCUUGAGACCUUGGAGUUUUAUCUGGACGCGAUGGCUAGCCUGCAGGGCCUCUCGGAAGCGCAGAUCGAUACAGUCAACAAGGAAAUUCGUACAAUCACAGUCAAAGCCGCUGAACGCCGAUCCGACUCCAUAUUGCCAGUAUUUUCUUGGAGAGCACCGUCGCCCAUUGCCUUGCUCUCAGACUCGGAGAAGACCCACAUUGCGCUUGCACGGGAGGAGUACGGUGUCCUCACGUUUUUGUCACUCCUCUCAUAUGCUCUGCAGCCUGCAAUGCGAGAGCGCAGGGAGAAGAUCCUCGGUCUGAGAGCCCAGCUGGAGAGCUUGAAGGACCAAAUUUCUGCUACCGGUCCACUCGAUCAACGAAGCCGCACGCUGACCGUGGCGACGGGUCUGCCCUCGAUGCACGAUUUGGACGUGGUUAUCAGGGAGAAACACCUCAACGUGCAGACCAUCCGAAGCUUCGCAAAAGAAUGGAAGAGGACGCGUACUCUCGACCUCAAGAAGGAUCAGUCCAGCUCCAACCAGUGCCUCGGAUAUUCGCCCAUAAAAUCCAGCACGACCAUCUUCUCAAGGAUAAGAUCUUCCAGCAUAGUGCGACUUCCAUUUUCGAGCACACCGUAUUCCCACAAGCUCGCCCGUGUUUCCAGACGACUCCAUCACCUCGUCUGGACUGACCCCAACACCGGUGCAGCAAGCUGGCACUGGGAAGGAUCCGGCCCGUCUUCACAUGGUCUAGUCGAUUCAAAGAGACGAAUCGAAAAGGCCCUUCUCUUCGCCGGCCUCGAUCUGGGCGGUCUGGGGGUAGACGAGGUGGCGGAGAAUCGUCGAUAUCAAAUGAUUCCCAGAGAAGACGGAGAGGACGUCAGGUUGAGUUGGGAAGACGACUACAAAUCGAAGGCCGAAAGGGUUUGA